CGAGUGCUAAAAAUCGACCAAGAGUGCCUUGUUAACGUUUGAAAAUAUGAAAAGUAUCAAAGCGAUAUUUCGUAGAGGACAGGCUACGAAAAUAGAGGGUCACACGUUGGGCGACAACUUGUCCAGAGCUUCGUCUGUCACCAAUCUAGAUGCGGAUCAAAAGGCCGCGAAAGGAGCCAGGCCCAGAAAGAGUUCGUCCAGAGAAAGAUUAGAUAGGAUCGGUGGAGAUGGAAGAAAACAGGAUAAGAAAGGAAUUGCGCGCAACAAUAAUAAACUAGAAUCGGAAGAAAAUACACACUUCUCGGUGGAUUCGUUUACAGACGAAGAAUUGUUACUUCUGCGGAAGCAGUUGCAGGACAUGGCGCAAGAAAAGACCAAUUUGGCGUUGCAAUUGGGCGAACAGAAGGGCCAGCUCAACAUUUUACAAAAAGAAAUUCAAAAAUUAAAGGAAGAGUCCAACAUGCAAUUGGAACAUUUGACUGAAGAAAAUACGUUGUUGAGGAACCGUUUGCGGGACGUGGCCCUUUCUCCCUUGUCCGAUAAUGAAAAACAGCAAUUGUUGUUUGACUCCCAUAGACACCACAGUUCGGCACCAGCUUCUAUUGCUACAAACAUAAUCGAUGACGGUAACGGACAAGACACAACAUGCACCACUCCCGAUUGGGAUAAACAUUCUUCCAGCAAUGUUAGCGAAGUAUCGGUGGCCUGUCUUCAGGACAAAAUAAAUCAGAUGCAAGAAACUCAUUAUAGUACAAACGAAGAACUCCAAGCCACCCUACAGGAACUCACCGACCUGCAGCGUCAACUCACCGAACUUCAACAAGAAAACGAACGACUCAACGAAGAAAAAACUUUGAUGUUCGACAGUUUGUGCCGCCAGACGGAGAGGCUCAACGAUUCCAGGUCCGAGGUGGAGUCCUUGAAGCAAUUGCUCUACCAGGAGAAGGACGAUACGGGUCAGUUCGAGUCAGCGGUCGAGAGGGAACAAAAAUUGGUGGAUCUUCUGAAAUCGGCGCAGGAAGAGAGGGAGGGGUUGUUAAUGAAACUGGAGCAGCUCACCAAUGAAUUGCAGGAAACUAGAGCAGGAAUAAUCGAAAAAGACGAUCAUAUCGGUCACUUGCGGGAAAGAGUGAGAACCUUGGAGUGUACUCUGGAUGCUAAACAUGCCGAGCAUAAAUUGCUGGAUCAGGAGUUGGCCCAAGCGAAGGACCAAUGUAGUGGCAAACAAAUAGAAAUCAACAGACUGACGGAUUUGUUAGACAACGCUAGAACUAAGAUCAACGAAUUAGAACAAGACAGGACUCUGAGCGACAAAUCCGAACUAGACGAGCUCCUGGACAACGCCAGAAAAGAAAAAGAUAGCUUAGAAUCGGAGGUAGCCCAUUUGAAAGAACAACUAGCCAUUAGCAAAAACGAAAUAGAAAAAUUAAGAGAGCAGGUCUCGAUCUUACAAGAGGAAUGCAAAGUGACGAGAAAUAACGCGAAAACGACUCAAUCCGAUCUCGAAUACAAGUGCGAGAAACUCGUCAAAGACAAAAACGUGUUAAACGAACAAUUACAAGAAUUCCAAGAGGCUUUAAACGAACUACAGAACGAAGAAUGGGAGAAAUUCCAAGACGAUCUUUUAACAUCCGUUAGAGUAGCGAACGAUUUUAAGACCGAGGCCCAACAUGAAUUGCAGCGUAUGAUUUUGGAAAACAAAUCGUACAGAGACAGAGAAAGACAAUUGAAGGCGGAAAUAGAGAAGCUGAAAGGUGGGAAUCUAAAAUUAGAAGCAGAUAAGGAAAACAUGGAGCUCUUAAUCAAAAGGCCUAACAGAAACAGAAAUAAACCGACAAAAGGCUCUGGUAUAGUAUCUAGCAGUUAUAAACCCAAAAAAGACUCUGGUACCGUGUCUAGCAGUUCUAAACCAAGAAAAGAUUCUGGUACCUUAUCUAGCAGUUCUAAAUCUGAUAAAUCACUAAGUUUACCCCAAAAUCUAUCAGUAAAAAGAAGGGAAAACAAAUCUUUGAAAGCCAAACGUCUAAAAACUCUAUCGGUCGAAGAAGGAAUGCUACUUAGCUCUUUAGAUAACUAUCACCGAAACAUAGACAAAACUUUACCAGACGAAUUCUUAACGGAAGAAGAAAAAGUCAUCAGAAAAUUAAAAAUCAUCUUUGAAGAUGACUUUCUCAAAGUCAAACCGGUUGCUCCUAAACCGAAGGACCAGUUGGCAAUCAGCAAGCCUUUACUGGAUUCCGUCCUUACGAAUCCAAAACUGAUGGCCAUACUGAAAGAUCCCAAAGUCAAAACCGUAGAAGAUAUGGCUACUUUUGAAAAAGAUGCUCCAGAAAUCAGAAAUCUCAUCCAGAAUAUCGACAGAUCGAAGAAAGGCCAAAGCGAAGAUCUAGGCAAACCCGAAUACACCAAAAGGAUAUCCAUAAUCGGGAGAUCUAUGAGUUGCGAUCACGUAAAUAGAUUCGAAGAUCCUGAAGGUAAUUUAAGACUGUAUAGAACCACCGAAGCCGAAGAUUUGACCCAAGAUGUCCGUUGGAGAGAAUCAUCGAGUCUGGUGCCCAGCGAUUCCGCCUCAAACUAUAAUAGAUACAGCGAUUUUUCGCUUGUAGUAAACAGCAACGAAAAUAUAAUUAAAGACAACGUCAAAUAUUCCACUCUUGAAAGAAUCGUUAAGACUAUUCCUAAGAACGCUCCCGAAGCAGCCCUUAAUAAAGAACAACUAUUCGCACUGAAGCUCCUACAAGCUUUAGAGGAACGAAAACGUACUUUAAAAAAAUCCGAAAAAGCCAAAACCUUACCGAUUAGCGUCCCAACACCGGAUUCUGUCCUACAAAAUCAGAAACUUAAAGAAAUCAUAUACGACCCCAACAUGCAAGACAUCAGACGCAAAUCUGAGCCCCUAUCACCACCGGUUGUGCAAAAAUUGACGAGACAAAGUCAAAGUUACGAAAACAUAACUUUUAGGUUUGAAGAUCGCUCACAUGCCGUUAACGUUUACCUCAGUGAUAGCGAAUCAUCAUCAGAAACAUUUUCGAGCGCUGAAUUUAACGUUGAAACUGGUCAAACUGGCCCUUACGAACCCAUUGAGGAUUGGAGAAAGCCGCCAGGUACGCCUAAGGUGUCUAGGAAGAUGGAAUUGACCACUUUCGGAAAAAAUUCUGUAUCUAACAUCGAACAGAAGAAUAAAACUGGUUCUAAAAUGCAAUUGCUGAAAGACGAACUGGAUCAGCUAUCGCAGCCAAUAAGUUUAAACGAUAACAAAAAGCACCACAUUGUGCAAACUAGAAUUGAAAUAGAACCAAACGGCUACAAAGAGAGGCAUAUAUCUACCAUAAAUCUAGAUGACCAUAAAUAUAGACAUAGAGAUGAUAUCUUUUUAGAUAGGGAUUUAGUUGACCAACAACCAAGCCAAGGUGGCAACAAAGAUAAAUCUAGAUCUAGCAAAUAUCAAGAGGAGCAUACCUAUAGACAAAAAGAAGAUACAUUUAAAAGUAGGGAUAAAGUAGUUGACUCUUUGCUAUAUAAUGAAACACUAACUAAAAAAGGAAAAACAGUGGCGCUAGAAGGUGACUACAAGGUUGAUCUUUUGCAAGAAAAGAUCAAGAAAAAAACCAAAAAAGAACAAAGUGAUGUGAAACCUCAAGCAAAUAUAUCUAACGAAAAUAAAAAUGAAAUUAAAUAUGAAACUGAUGAUGGUGAAACGGAAAAAAACGUUUUGAACUAUUCAAAGGUUGAUAAAACAGAAGAUAAAAUUCCAAUUAUUCUUCAUGUUGCUUCUAUAGAAACUUUGGAAGGGUUUCAAUCUCACGAUACUGAUUCCUUAACUUACAACGAGACUCUUACUAGAGCAAUUGGUAGAAGAUCGCCUCAUCCGACAGAAUCAAAAAACGAACCAAAAACUCCACUCUCCAUAGAUGAACCAACAUCUUCUCCCUCCAUAGUAGAAACAACACCUCCUCCCUCCAUACAUGAACUAACAGCUCUUCCCUACAUAAAUGAACCAACAUAUCCUCCCUCCAUAGUUGAACCAACAUCUCCCUCCGUAGAUGAAGCAAUUAAAAAUAUUUCCGAGAAGUUUCAAGAGAUUCGCAAACUGAUAACAGAAGAUGAUGAAAAAGAAAAACCUCGUCUAGAUGUAGAUAUUAAAAACUUUAAACAGGAAAAUCGAGUUUCAGAACAUUUAUCGACCAAAGCGGAUGAUUUUGUUGCCGCUGAUUCUACAAUAAUUGAUGAAAUCGAUGGUUCGCCAAAUCAAUCUACAGAUUACGAUUAUCAUUCUAUUUUAAAAGAAAACCGCGUUGGUGUAACCUGUCCUUUAAACCACAGGUUAAGUUACAACCACGUGGUCAAUGAAAUUAGGAAAAGAUUCUCCAGCACCGAUUUCCAAUCGGAUGGUGAGAAUGAACACAAUGCUGAAGAAGCAGAUGACGAAAGAGAUAUUGAUGAUUCGUCCAAAGAGUUAGAAGAAGCAAAUUUUCAAAGAGAAAUUGAGAAUUAUCCCGAACAAAUUGAGAAUUCUCCAGAAGAAAUUAAGAAUUCUUCAGAAGAAAUUGAUGAACAAGGUGUUCAAACAAAAAUUGAUAAUGUAGUCAAAAAUAUUGACGAAGAAGAAGAUGUUGAAGUUAGAGCGCGCAGUUCUAGUAUCGAUAAAGAAAUGGACGACAUUUUGGAGAGUUAUUUGCAUACCAGAGUUUCCCAACUAAUAAAGCAAACUGAAGGUAAACCAUCAAAAACAAUUGAACAUUCUGUUUACUCUGAUUUUGACAGGAAGCUGAACGAAAUUGUUCAAGGUUCUUUCAACAUUGAUGACUUAGACAGUAAAAAGUCAAGCAUAGAUUCGAUAAAUCAAACCGAAUUUGAAGAUAAAGAUAUUAUGCUGUCUCAAGAGUUGCUUGAAACGCUAAUAACAUCUGACGAGUCAAAAGAAAUUCCUUACCAAAAUCUUGAACCAGAAUUAGCAGAUUGUGCUUUGCAAUUUGAAGAAAAUAAAGCUAAAGAUUAUUCGAAACUAUCGCCGACAGAAUUAACAUUUUCGGAUGAUUCUUAUUUUGAAAUAAAAGAAGGAAAUGUAACAAAUAUCAAAGCUAGUUUGAAUAUUGACGCCAAAGAAAAUAUUAAUGAUAUUAUAGAAAGUACUAAUAAAUUUAUAGACGACCAAAGAAAGAUAUCCAUAAAAUACCCUAUUUCAAAUAGAAAUAAAAAUUCAAAUGAUUUCAUUGAAGAUAAAGAGGUAAGUAGCGAACCAAUCAAACCUUUUCCAGAGUAUGAAAUUGUAUCACUUAAAAAGGACAUUCCAGAACAGGAACUUAAAGUUUUACAAAAAGAUGUUGAUACUCUUUAUCAAGUUUUUGAUAAUGAUAAAAGUGAUAUUCAUGAAAAACGCGAAAAUACAAGUCUAUUAGACAAUAAUCCAGUAAGUACCAAUGAAAUGCCAGAUGAAAAAUCUUUUGUACCACCGAUAUCAAUACCGACACUACCAGAAUACCAAAUAUUGACCAAAGAAGAAUUAGAGCUUGUACGAAGAAGCAACCAGAGAUUCCCAAGGCCCUUAUCAGAAUUUAAUGAACACGACCUUGAAUUAGUUAAGGCUAUCUCAAUAUACUAUGAAGAUGAACCUAAAGAAAUACCAAUUGGCCAUCAAACUCGCGUUGAGACAAAACUUGAAAUCAAUGAAGAUCUCACAAUAGAAGAACAAUCUUUGGAUAAUGCCAGUGAUGCAGAAAUACUAUUGGGUCUAAAGGAAAAUCCAGUUAAAGAUGUGAAGAAAGAAUAUACCCCGUCUGAUAGACGUCCUCUUUCAAAUCUUAACCAAAGAGAUCUUGAGUUAAUCGAAAAAUUAACAAAAGAUUAUUUACUAGAUGCAGAUAAAUCUAAAAAUGAUUCCGAAAGAACUGUAGAUCUGCUUGGAGAAAACAAAGAAGAGGAUCUACCAAAACAAGUUGAAAUUAUUACGAAAGAUUAUUUACUCGAUGCAAAUAAAUGUAAAAAUGAUUUCGAAAGAAUUGUAGAUCUGCGUAGAGAAAACAUAGAAGGGGGUACACAAAAACAAGGUGAAAUUAUUAUAACUAAGGAACCUUUACCCAAACCAAGAAAGACCAAAGAUAUUACGAAAGAUAGUAUAUCUUCCAAAACAGAUAUUGAGCCAUCAAAAAAUCUUGAGAUAGGUAGAAAAAAAGAUCCGAUACCUAUGCCAAGAAAUAAAAAAGAUGCUGCUGAUGAUUUAGAAACGUUGCUGACCCAGAUGAGCUCACCCAGAAGGAAAGUAAUUAAAAGAAGAUUAAUUAGCGAAAAGACUGCACCAGCUCCCUCUGAGUCAGUAAUUGAACCUAUCGACAAACCAGAAGUAGUACAAGCCAAAGAAAUAGAUCUUGAAGGAUUUGACGAAAAUAAUACAAGAAGUGUAGAUGAUAUAAAUAUUGUUAUUGGUGUUGAAGAAACAGCUAAAGAAAACAAAGAUGAAAAUGAUGGUAUCCUAGAGUCAGUUAAAUCAGAGGAUAAAGGACUUGUGGAAAUUGAAAUGAAUAAAACGAAGUUAACAAAUCAUAAAAGCGAUGCCGAUGAUAGUAGAGCAAAUACUUUAAGAAAGAAACGCGAAAUGCACGUUAUAUUGUACAGAAAUAACAAACCAAAUAAUAGACAAAAUGCAAAAAGUCUAACUUUAUCGGUAGAUGAUAAUAAUGCAGCCAAUGAAUUGAAUAAAAAUCGAUUAAGUUUAGAUCUAACAAAAUCUGAUGCUGAUACUACAAUAAAAGAAAAAAAAGUCAAAUCUUUUGCACAGCACUUUGAGCGAAUUUCACAGGAACGUAGUAAAUACGCCCAAAAAAGAAGCGAAUUAAAAACAUUUGAGGUCAGAAAGAAAUUGCCAGAGGUUCCAUCUAUCGGAAAAACAGAUAAGAAACCCAUACCGAUUCCCAGAAUCAAAAAUCAAGGUACCAAAGAUCCUGUCAAUGAUGACAGUUACGCUGAUGACAAGAACAAUGAAGUACUGAGAAAAAUGUCGCAAUGUGAAGAAAAUUUUAGUGGAAACGACCGUGCUAAUGUGAAGAAGGAAACCGAAGCCGCUGGGGUUAAAUUUAAGGUUCACGAUAAGGUCGAUAAAGUCAAUAACGAGGUACCCGGUCUAAACGAAUCUCAAAAUUUGGUUAUUGACGAUUAUAGCUCCAUUUCAACAGACGAAGAUGAAGGUGAUGCCAAUUCAAUUGAAGAUGGAGUUAUUAGAAAGAGUGACAAGUUUUUGGUCGAUCGCAUGCCUGUAAAUGAUGAUGACUAUUUGGAUGAUACUGAUGGGGCCAAAGGAUCCUACUCAGUCAUAGCGGUUGCUGGAACAGCAGAAAAACUAGACCUCAGAAAACCGUCCAAUCUAACCGUAGAACCGUCAAGCCUAAAUCUCUUCCAUCUAGAUGCAUCGAGUAUGGAGGAUCAUUACAUCGACGCCACCAACUUCAGUUACGAAAGAAGGAAAAAAAUCGGUGCUACUUACAUAGGAAUAACAGAUUCGGAUAAUGAUACUCUAGAAUCGACCGAUUCUAAACCAAAAAUUGUAGAUUUCGUACCUUUGGAUGAAGCCACCAAGCCUUACUACAAGAACAACAAUAUACCGGAUUACAGUACCUUGGAAAGAGAAAAAACCUAUCAGAUUUUAAAUGCUGUAUCCAAAGGAAAGCUCACCGAGGCCGCUGUUGAAAGUACGGCAACUAAAAACGACAGCAGAAGUAGCUUUUCGGCAGCAAAAAAAAUAUUCCAAGAUCUAGAAUCUAAAUCCGACAAAACCGGUGUUAACAAAGUGACCAUUACUAAGAGACAGUCUAAAGAUUUGUUGGAUAAUCCCGAGGAGUCUUGUACUGAAAUAACUACCGAUCCAGUCCCUUUGACAAGACCGACUAGUUUUCCUGGGGAGGACGUGGCUUUAAGAAGAAAAAACAUCGCGCUCAGUAGACAGAAUAGCAGACAAUCCGUGAAAUCGCUUAUUGAGAGUAUCGAAAGCCACGCUAAACCCGUUUUACCCAAAACUGCUGCUAGUACAGUUUCUAGGAGUAGCUCUACUUCGUCGAUAAAUUCAUCAGCUUCAGAUAUGAGAGGACCGGCGAGUCCAUCUAUCUUACCCACCCCUUCUCCGGCGUCUCCGUUACGUUCACCCGAUUGGCCGGACAUAAGCACUAACGUGUCCCAAGCGAAGACGCCCUUAAAGGAGCAACAACCGAAUAAGUUGAAUCGGGAUUGGAGCAAGAAUGUUAUUAGUGAAUCGAUAACAAAGACUGACAUUGUUAAACCUAAAAACGAAGAUGGAUAUAGGGAGACUAUAUUGCAAAAAGGAAUUGAUUUUUCUAGGAGGAAUAGUUAUUCCGAUUUAAGUGAACGAAAAGACCCGCUAAACGGACUGGUAAAGAACGGCGGUUCAAAACGGAACGCGCUCUUGAAAUGGUGUCAAAACAAGACAGUGGGAUACAGAAACAUCGACAUAACGAACUUUAGUAGUUCCUGGAACGAUGGUCUCGCCCUUUGCGCCCUUCUACACACCUACUUGGCGGAUAGAAUUCCGUACGAUAGUCUGACGCCGCAAGAGAAGAGAAGAAACUUUUCAUUGGCGUUUUCGGCUGCCGAAAGCGUGGGAAUACCCACCACUUUGAAUAUUAACGACAUGAUCCAGUUGGAGCGCCCUGAUUGGCAGCAGGUGAUGAGCUACGUAACGGCGAUAUACAAACAUUUUGAAGCUUGAAAUCAACCUUUUAAAAAUAAUUAAUUUUUCUCUGUGAUAACAGCUUUUACAAAAAAACGUCUUUCUCCAGUACUGAUGUCGUCGAUGCGACCCAACGCGUGACUCUCCGAGAAUGCCGUAUUUGGGGGCCGAUUUGUUAAAUUUGUUUCGUUGGGCGACAAAAUUUGUUAGGGAUCUUAUUCCAACUUUUGAGAAUAAUGAGAGUAAAACGUAGAGUAGAACGAUCAAAAGGAAUGACUUUCAUAGUUUCCUUCUUUAUCUAAUUCCUCGUAAUCCAUUUUCUCUAUAUCCUCUUCUAUUUCUUCUUCGUACUGUAGAUUUAGUGGUGUGAAUAAUUUUCCACGUUGGUAUAAUAUUUUCUCCAAAUAUGGCGAAUUUUUUAUGCAUUUAAUGAUUGCAUUUCGCAUUUUUCCUUACCUUCCAUGAUAAUAAUAAUCAAAAAAAUUGUGACGGGAUCUUUUUUCCACUAUUCCAAACAAAAAGAGUGAUGCAUAUUGCCUUCAUUUGUUUAAACGUAACUCUUUGAUUAAUUUAACGACCAGUUAUGAGAAUAUUUCGUUAAAUUCGACGAAACAAUUAUCAGGUUCGAAAUGUUUUAAGAAUGUACUGCUUUGAAUAAGUCAAGAUGAAUGCGGAAAAUGAACAUCUUUUAAAUAACGUACCAUGUUCUAGUAGAUGUUUCAAUUUUAAUAAUCGUCAUAUAAACUAUUCUGUGCACUAAUAAAAUCUGUUGUUCACCAAUAAAACCUGUGACCUUAUUAAAUCUGCUGUGUCCUUAUUAAAUAUAUCAUACAUUUAUAAAAUAUAUUUAUAAAAUCUUUCGUACUCGUGUAAAACAUGAUGUGCACUUAUAAAAUCUACUUUGCACUUGUUAAAUCUGUCUUGCGCUUAUAAAAUCAAUCCAGCACUUCUAAAAUUAGUCCCGCACUCAUAAAAUCUGGACGUCUAUGUUCUAAUAGAUGUUUCAAUCUUAGAAAUCAUCAUAUAAAAUCUUCCACACACUGUUGUGAACCUAUAACACCUGAUGUGCGUUUAUAACAUAUUCCGUGCACUUAUAACAUUACCCCACAUUUAUAAAAUCUUCUGUGUCCUUAUAAAAUAUGUCGUACUUAUUUAAAACGUGUCGGGAACUCAUAAAAUUUUCCGUCUAUUGCAUUUGAGUAAAAUCUUUCUAUAAUAAAGUAUAUUAUUUAUCUACUAGAUACUAUAAUAAUUAGUGAUGGGUCGCUUAGAAAAGUCGACGGACUAGUCUGAUAAGUUGACUAGUCCAAAUAUAUUUUUCAAAAGUGGACAAGUAUAUUGCACAUACGCGAAAUUAAAUUAACUAAUUCGUCUGAAUGUCUUACAAAUAAAGGCAAAAUAUAGUUUAAAAAAGAAGAAACCACAAAUGUUUACUGACUUUAAUAGGUUUUAACGAUGUUUUCGCCAGGACUUCCGAUGCUGACACGGUGGUAUCAACACUGAAAUGGCGGCGUCAGAAUCGGCAGUCAUGUGUGAAUGUUUCCAUCAAAAUCCUUAACAAGAACAGUCAUCGUGAAGUGAAUAUUGUCUGAUGUGAUCAGUUAUUAAGAAGCAAGAUUAGUGCGACAAAAUUUUUCGAAUCUGAAAAUUACAAAUUGUCACAUGGUGUGAUGUGCAUCCUGUGACGAAAAAAAUAAAUUUCCUUUAAAAUAUCCACCUAUAACACAGAAAACUCCAAUACAAUUACCAUAGGCCGAAUAGCCCUGGCAGCUGAGGCCUAUAAAAAUUGAAUUGAAGAAGAAGAUGUUUUCGUAUUUUCGUUUCAUAUUUUAUUAAAAUAAACUCGUGAAAAACUUAUCAAGAAAUCCAAAGGUUGGAAGUAUUUUACAAACGAUUAGCCUAAAAAAAAUACAAAUGCAAAUAUUGUUCCCAAAGUGUUUUUGAAAAAACAUCCAGGAUGGACAUUUAACUAUGUGUCUUCUAUGCUCAAGGUCGACUACUUUUCAUUACUCUUCACUAUAAAAAAAUUAAUUCUAAUAAAUUUCUAGAGCCAAUAAAAAUAUACAAAAAUAAUUUUCAUUUCUAUAUCAUGUAAAUGGAUUUUCAUAGAGUUUAAGCACCAACUUUAUUAGCAAAUCAAUCCGAAAUAUACAGGGUGUUCCAUCUCAGACGACCCACCCGGUAUAUUUCUUAUCUCAUAGUAAUUGGAAAAAUUUCACGAAACACGUCGGAUGAUUUUCUUUUGACGUAUAUUUGAGGCUUGAACGAGAGAUGUCCCCCAAAGAAAAUCAUCUGACGUGUUUUGGGAAAUUAUUAAAGCAAUUGCAGUACAGUUCAAACAAAUUAAAAUAUUAUAUUUAUAUCUAAAAAAAAUAUCACAAUUUCAAUAAAUGUAAGCAAUGACAAUUUGUACAGUACAAUAUUAAUAAUAAUGAAUUUUAAAUCAGCAGAUUUUUCCAAAACAAUCCUAUUAGAAAUGUUAUUUUUUUGCAAAUUUUUUAACAAUUUUUACCACAAAAACUUUCAUAUUAAUGCACAUAACAAAUCGCCAUUAGCAUUCAACAAAACGUGACACAUUUAAGUUGGUGCUAUAAAAUAAACCAUUUUUCGGUGCCAAUUUAACGUGAUUAAAAUUAUAGACAAAUUAUAUACACAUCUUAAGUCUAAUCUUAAUAAUAACACCAGAGUUUAGAUUUAUAAACGGUUUUUGUUAUUUAAAUGUUCGUUUUUGUUGAAAGCAUAAAUGUAAUUUCCGAAGACUAGUGUCGGGUGUUCCUGAUCAGAUCUUCUAUUUCACUGGAACAUAAAGUAACGACAAUUAAAUAAUAAAGUAAUAUAAAAAUCCUGUAUAUUUGGCACGUUUUUCAUUGGGUUGAGAUACACGAUCCGUUUCAUCCUAAUAAAUGGCAGUACAUUCAUUUCAAUCGACGUGCAACUGAUCAUUUUUUCGAUAAUUUAGACGAUUUGUUCUCAUAACAGGUGUUUUUACCAAAGAAACGUAAAUUAUUUUUUUUUUAUUAAUUUUUUAUUUGAUUUUGAUGUUUGAUGGGAUUUUUGAUACGAGAAUUUUUACAGAAUGUUUAAAUAUAAAAAAAAUGUAUCUAUUUGAAAAUGUAUUUUGUAUGGAUAUUUACUCACUUUUUUAUGUAAUCUAGUCAAGUAGCUUAUAAUAUUUGUAUAUGUACAUUUGUUGUACAGGGUGGUUCGUGCAAAUCUGUUUUUAUUUUGAUUAAUUGAUAAUUCCCACUGUUUUUUUUUUAUUAAUUACGAAUUUCGGUUAAUAAUCUAUUGGGGGCGAGUCAGGCGAUCGCGCUGGCGUGUAAGUUCUUUUCGUUCGUUUCAAGGAAUGGAUUGCAUAUACUAGAACGCCCUGUACACCUUAAAUUUAGUAAUAUAACAAGACUGCUUAUUUUAGGUAAAAAUAUAUUUGUAAACUAUGAGAAAUUUUUAAACUAUUUGAGUGAUUUUCCUGCCGCUGAGAUGUUUUUUUUUCUCGUUUUGUAACCAAACUGAACGAUUAUUUCUUCUUUUUCUUGAUAAAUUUUCUUUUAGGAUAAAUGCAUAUAUCAGUGUUUGUAAUUAUAGGAAGUUGUCGAUACCUUAUUUGUUGUUAUUUUUCAAGUUAUUGAUAACGAAGUUUGUUUGUGG